AUGGCUUGGGACUUCCUACUUGCUCUGGAGCCUGUAGCUGAGAUUUCCAGAAGUCUGACAAAGCCAGCAAAGCACCGCUCCCGGCAGGGCCGCCCAGCCCUCACGCGCACCAGGGCCUGGGUCUCGGAGCUCGCCUGCAUCUACUCGGCCCUCAUCCUGCACGACGAUGAGGUGACCAUCACAUAUUUCGGAGACAUUGACGAAAGCUUCACUUUGCUCUCUAAUGGAUUGCCAUUUUGCUUGUUUUAGGAGGAUAAGAUCAAUGCCCUCAUUAAAGCUGCCGGUGUAAAUGUCGAACCUUUCUGGCCAGGCUUGUUUGCAAAGGCCCUGGCCAAUGUCAGCAUCCGGAGCCUCCUCUGCAACAUGGGGGCUGGUGGACCUCCCCCGCCUGCUGGGGCUGCCCCAGCUGGAGGUCCUGCCCCCUCCACCACCGCUGCUGCCCCAGCUGAGGAGAAGAAAGUGGAAGCAAAGAAAGAAUCUGAGGAGUCUGAUGAUGACAUGGGCUUUGGUCUUUUUGCCUAAACCUCUUGUAACAUGGUGAAUAAAAAGCUGAACUCA